AGGAUGUGGCAUGUGUGCAUGACGUCAUUUCUCCAUGUACUGUGCGCCAUUUUGGAAGAAAAAAAAUCACGGAUAAUUUCCGUGGUCUUGACAGAUCUGGACCCGAGUCUUCACACUGAUUGUGGAUGCUAUCUAUCUCCCCGAGCGCGCCGCACUGGUUGAUAAGGCAUUGGAAGCUGUGUACAACAAGAGCUGCUAAAUGAAGCAAUGGCGGGAGUUGCAGGAGGAAAUGAUUUUCAGUGGUGUUUCUCUCAAGUAAAAGGAGCGAUAGAUGAAGAUGUUGCGGAAGCUGACAUAAUCUCAACAGUUGAGUUCAACUAUUCUGGAGAGCUACUGGCAACUGGAGACAAGGGAGGCAGAGUAGUGAUAUUUCAGCAUGAACAAGAGUCUAAGAAUCGUCCACACCUGCGUGGGGAGUACAACGUCUAUAGCACUUUUCAGAGUCACGAGCCAGAAUUUGAUUAUUUGAAAAGUUUAGAAAUCGAGGAAAAAAUUAAUAAAAUAAGAUGGCUACCACAACAAAAUGCUGCUCACUUUCUACUUUCAACAAACGAUAAAACUAUCAAAUUGUGGAAAAUUAGUGAAAGAGAUAAACGAGCAGAAGGUUACAAUCUGAAAGACGAAGACGGACGACUCAGAGACCCCUUUAGAAUCACCUCUUUACGGGUACCAGUACUGAUGCCAAUGGAUCUCAUGGUAGAAGCAAGCCCACGGAGGAUCUUUGCAAAUGCGCACACCUAUCACAUUAAUUCCAUUUCUGUAAAUAGUGAUCAUGAAACUUACCUCUCUGCAGAUGACCUAAGAAUAAAUCUAUGGCACUUGGAAAUCACAGACAGAAGUUUUAAUAUUGUAGACAUCAAGCCCGCCAACAUGGAGGAACUGACAGAAGUAAUCACAGCUGCUGAGUGCCAUCCACAUCAAUGCAAUGUAUUUGUGUACAGCAGUAGCAAAGGAACCAUCCGCCUGUGUGACAUGCGAGCGGCAGCGCUCUGUGAUAGGCACUCAAAGUUCUUUGAGGAACCAGAGGAUCCCAGCAGCCGAUCCUUUUUUUCUGAGAUCAUCUCCUCCAUCUCAGACGUGAAGUUCAGUCACAGCGGACGCUAUAUGAUGACACGUGACUACCUCUCCGUCAAAGUUUGGGACCUCAACAUGGAGAACAGGCCAGUGGAGACGUAUCAGGUCCAUGAAUAUCUUCGCAGUAAGCUUUGCUCUUUGUAUGAAAACGACUGCAUCUUUGACAAGUUUGAGUGCUGCUGGAAUGGCAGUGACAGUGCCAUCAUGACAGGCUCCUACAACAACUUCUUUCGAAUGUUUGACCGGAACACCCGGCGGGACAUCACACUGGAGGCAUCCCGAGAGAGCAGCAAACCACGGGCCACACUUAAACCACGUAAAGUGUCCACCGGUGGCAAGAGGAAGAAGGACGAGAUCAGCGUGGACAGCCUGGACUUCAACAAGAAGAUCCUCCACACUGCCUGGCACCCCAAAGAUAACGUGAUAGCUGUGGCAGCCACCAACAACUUGUACAUUUUCCAGGACAAAAUCAACUAGAAGAUUUGGGGCUCCAGAGGAUAGGGCUUUUACCGUACCUGUGUAGUUAAGCCUACUACUUGUCUAUCUGUAUAAGAAGAAACAGCCUUGUUGUCCUCCUGGUGAAGAAUUUGAAAGCACGUGUCUACUUUUUUUGCCACAGGAGGUUGAUCCAUAGGCCUGUUUUAUUUUGAGUCUGAGCUUAGGUUGUUUUUGCCUUUGGCACCAGGGCAAUCGACAUGCCCCCCUGACCCAGAAAGCCCAGUUCGGGUCUAAUUGACAGAACGGCACUCCCUAGAGGUCGAACUCUUGAACGUUGGUGUUUGUGUUGACAUUUUAAGCCUUCAUUUCACAAUUUAAUGACAGAACUCUUGGAAGUACUUAAAAAUGACGUCUUGUCAAGGUUGUAUCAUCAAUUCAAAGUUUUUGGGCCCUCUGAAGCACGGAUGAAUGGCCAAUAAGCCUAACUGUAACAUUCCCCCAUUGGUCAUGUAUUCAGGCCACACAACUGGUGGAAAAGGCCAUGAAUUUGGAAAAGCGGACAUGUUUCUCCCCCCAAACCCCACCCCCUUCUCUUAUUUUACCCCAGUCAAUACGGUGACAUAAUUUCACUGACUGUAUCUACUCAAGUACACCUUGUCAUCCACAUAAUAAAAGAAACUAAAUCUACAGACGUGUUUUUAAAUUUAGAAGUAUGUAUUAAAACAUGUUUAUUGCUUUGCAUGUUUUUAUGUUGUAGAGAGGUGGAAAAAUCUCCAGUCACACCACUGUCUAUUGAGCAGAUCUCAAGAAAACCUUGUUAAGGAAAUACCAUUCGGGGCUACCAGUUUGAGAACCACUGUUGGAGACAACCUAUAACGUGUUUGUGUCAAGAGAUUCAAGUUCUAGUUUUUGCUCAUGUUUAGGAUGCAGGCUGGAAACUACACUGCACAAGAUGGGGUCCAGGACAAAGGGAAUCUGCAGCCUUAAUACCUACUUCUAUCAGUGACAGCUACAAGUUAUGUCCCCCAAUGUUUUACAAACCUCAUGUGCAUUAUUUGUAAAUCCUAUUUUAUAGUUAUGUCAUCAUAUACUGCUGCUACACGUGGCUGUCUAUGAAAACACCGAGGAGGAAAUUGCACACCAUACAGUUUGUGAUAGAGUGCCUCCGGAUCAUGAGAUAAGUAGGACAUUAAGACAGGCCUCAUACAUGUGCCCUUACUCAUUUAUUAGGGAUGUCACCCAAAUUUGAACUGCAUAUUGCAAAUGUGGAUCUUAUCUCUGUAGUUGUGAACGCAGAAAUGAAGGUUGACUACACAAAAUAUACUGAUGAAUUAAAACAAACACAUAAUGCAUUGUCUUUGUCCAUUGAUUCCUAACAUGGUGGCAAUGUAUUCACUUGUUUAUUAUUUUGACCAAAGUUCAAUAAAAUUUUAAUUGUGUUCA